AAAAGCGUGAGAUCCAGUAUUCUGAAAGAAAAAAACACAUACCCAUAAAUAUGAAAUAAAUAAAUUUUCCCCUUUCCCAUUGAAAAAGUUUGGCAACUUUAUUACCAAAAAAUUGUACACAUAGAUCCAUAGAUUCAUUGAUUCAUUCAUAGGACAUAGAGGUCCAUUCCCUUAUAUAAAUGGUAAAGUGAAAUGGAACAGAGUCAAACAGUGACAGUUUCAUAGCAUUCAAAAUUCAUUCCAACCUUUUCAGAUAGGUCAUACCCCUCAACAGUAACUCUCACCAACUUGUCAGCAAACACACUCACAUCUUUAUCAUUCUAUUCUAUCUAUCUAGCUUUUUUUCACCCAUUCCCUUCAUUCAAUUCAAUUCAAUUCAAUUGCUAGCUAUAACAUCUCAACUACCAUACCAUACCAGUAAUUUCAUUUCUUACUAAUAGUAUAUGUUUUUUUAAUUCCACCAAUUGUCUCUAUAGAAUUUUAAGUAGUAAAAGGAACAAAAUCAAUGUUACAAACAGAACACAUGCCAGGACCCGUUUUUGUUCUUCAAUCUUUCUUAUUAAUAAUACUUUCACCUUAUACCUAAGCUAAGCUAAGCUACCUCUGUCUCUAUUGUCUCUGCUUCUCUCUCUGUCUUCAUAAUAAGUAAAAACCUUUAACCCACACCUUUCACUUUUGUUCAGAUUCUUUAUCUAUAAAUUCUCAUCAGAGAAUUUAUAACCUUGUCUGAGGUUUCUUGGGAACAACAUCAUCGUGUCUUUUUAGUAUUUCUUUCUUCUUUAAAAAGUUUACAACCCCACUCUUUUUUUGUAAAGACACAACAACAACAACAACACUAGAAAACGGUCAUUUUCUUAAGUCAAGAAAGCUCUUUGAUCUGAUUUAAGAAUCCAAAUAUGGAUGAAUGGAAAAGAAGUGGUCAAAUACCAGCGUUUGGUAACUGGGAUUUUGCAAAUGAGUUACCAAUAACUCAAUACUUUGAAACUGCAAGACAAGCUGGUUUGAUUCGUUACAGUUCUUCCUCUGGUGAAAGUGAUCCUUAUCUUCGUGGUGAUCAUGAUCUUUAUGCUGUUGAAUAUAAGAAACCAGUACGAAAGGGAACAAGGAAUAGAGAAAGGAGAUACCAAAAUGAUGUUAUGAUGAAUGAAAAAGAGACAACAAUGAAUAUGAAUAUGAGAAAACAAGGGAAAGUAUACGAUGUAACUACAGAACAUCAUUAUCAUCCACAAAGGAAAACAAUGAACAAGAAGGUACAUGUAAAUGGUCCUUCAUUACCUACGAGACUUCCAAAGCCUGUUGAUGAAGAUCUCUAUAAGAUCCCUCCUGAACUUCUUCGCACAACCAAAAGGAAAAAAAUGUUGGGUUUCAUUUCCAAGUGUCUGGUACCUGCUGCUUGCGUUUCUUGAGUAUUCAUGUCUCCAAGGAGAAAGAAGUAAUUUAUUAAUUAAUUUUAGUAGUAUUUUUUUUUAGUUUGUUUUUUUGUGACUACUCUACUCCUAGUAAGUAGUAAUAGUAACGCUGAUGAUGGAUGGAUCAUAUGGCUGUGUUGUGCACUCAGAUGAUGCAAAUUGACUUUUUUAUAGUAUGAUGAGAAUUAUGAUUAAGAUUAAUGAAUGAAUGAAUGUAGUUAAUGCUAUCUUAAAUUUAAUUACUUGGCCUUAUUUUCAUUUAUUAUGAUCGGUGCUUGCAUUUAUUGGUUUUACUGAAUUAGAUGAUCAUUUGUACUCUAAAUUAAAUUGAGUAGACGUUUGGAUUAUUA